AUGGCCGUGGAAGUGCGCAGCCGCUCCCGGAGCCCAGACGCGAAGGAGGCGCCCUCCGAGGACCCGAAGCUGGCCGCCUUCCGCGAGCGCUACCCCGUCGACGACCGCGCCUUCGACUUCCUGGCGAAGCAGCCGGGCGAGAUCCAGACCGCGGUGAUCUCCGACUUCCGCCCGCGGGAGGAGGGCCAGGCCGACUACUCGGCGCUGCUGACGAACUUUGUCCGCAGGUGCAUGAACCAGGCCCGCGCGCGGCGGCCUGUGGUCGCGCCGGUGCGGGCCAACCAGGCGAGGUGGAAGGACGUGCGGCAUGUGCGGCAGGAGGCGUCCAGCCCCGGGAGGAGUCCCCCGCGCAGGAGGCGCGAGCGCCGGGUGAAGCGGCGGUGCCGCUCGCGGCGGCGGGCCCGUGGCAGCAGCGCCGACGGGUCCGUGAGCGUGAGCAGCGUCGACGUCUCCGCCGACUCGGAGGACCGCGACAGGAAACUGGCCGACAUGCUUCGUGGCAGCAGCUCCGCGGGCGGUUCCGGCGGCAGCUGCAGCAGCGACGAGAGCAGCAUGAGCUGCAGCCUGGAGGACGAGGCGCGGGCCCGCAAGAAGGCGGAGUACGCCUGCGCACGGACGGUGGCAGCCGCGCAGGAAGACGAGCAGCACAACAACAAAGAGGAGGAGGCGAAGGCCAUGAAGGCCGCGGGCGAGCAGGUGGCCCGGGUCAUCACGGUGGAGGACAAGCUUAUGAAGGACAAGUUGAAGGAGUACGAGGAGAUGCUCAAUUCCGAGAAGAUGGCGAGGAUAGCCGAGGCGACCAAGGUAGCGGAGACCGAAGCAAAGGACCGGAUCAAGAAGAUGCAGGACGAGGCCGCCGAGAUCCGUGCCGAGAAGGUACGGAGAGCCGAGGCCCACCUCGAGGAGACGCUGCGGCUGCAGAAGGGCGAGCGAGAGGCCGCCAGGGCCAAGAAGCAGAAGUCGAAGGAGGAGAAGGCCAAGGCCAAGGGGGAGAAGGGCGCGAAGGCCAAGAAGCAGAGGAGGGCGAAGAAGGCCGCCAGGUGCAGCGAGUCCGACAGCCCCCGGCGCGAGAAGCGCCGCCGGCGAAAGGUCCGCAGGGUCGUGCGCGAGCGCCCCAGGCGGCGCUCGAGGUCCCGCGACGGCGCGGGCAGCCCCAGCGGCAGCAGGGGCCGCUCGCUGGCCCACCGGGAGAGCGCGGAGCUGCUGGCCUUCAGGGAGCGCUACCCGAUGGACGAGCGGGCUUGGGGCGCGCUGUGCGUCUCGGGGGAGGACCUCCAGAGGCAGCUGAUGUCCCAGUUCAAGCCGCGCAGCGAGGGGGACUCUGACUACUCCGCGCUCAUCUCGACCUUCUUGCGGUCCCUGCUGCUCCGGAAGCAGCAGUCGCGCCCCGCAGCGCACGAGCGGCCGCGCGGCCAUGGGGGCGAGUUCUCCGGCCGGGUGGCCCGCGCGGCCAUAGAGGACGCGGGGCGCGGCCGCAGGGACGACUCGCGAAGCCGCAGCCGCAGCGGGAGCCGCGACAGGGGAAGCAGGCGGACGAACAGCGGGCUCGCUGCCUUCCGGGACAGGUACCCCAUGGACGAUCGCGCGUUCGACAACUUGAAGGCGUGCACUACCGACAUCCAGGCCGUGGUGAUCUCGGACUUCAAGCCGAAGAGGGAGGGAGAGUCCGACUACUCGGCGCUCGUGAUGUCCUUCCUGCGCUCGGUGCAGAUGCGAGAGAUCUUCCCUGGCCUCAAGAGGCAGAUGCAGGCCGACGCCCCCACCUUCUGCCCGGGCCAGCCCGCAUCGCCCUGGAACGACGCGUGGGCAAUGCCACCGAUGUACUCGGCGGCGCUAGCUGGCUUGCAGGGCCGCUGGCAGGACGAGUUCCAGGCGGUGUACUUUAUCGGGGGCAACACUGCCCACGUCACUCUGAACAACGGCCGUUGUGCCACGGUCCCUCUGACCCAGGGGCAGGGCACCGUCCACUGGGUUAGCCGCUGGUACGUGCUGGAGGACGACAUACUCAAGGCCACGCAGGGCGGGGAGCUGAGAUGGCGGCCCCAGAACGUUAACGACAAGCCGCUCAAGUGGUGGUGGUUGGAAUGA